AUGGACUUGCCAAGACCUGUCGUCAUGGACUCCGAAGGAGAUGGCCUCAGAGUCGGGCGUUCCCUCCUGGAGCGGCUCGUGCUCGCAGGUAGCAAGCUCACACCGGAAGGCCUGCUUAAUCUUGUCCGGACCCCCUCCGAGUUUGACAGGCCCGUGGCCUCACUGUCGGCAGAGCCGCUGAUGGAGAGCCAUCCUGCAUGCGAGAAGGCAAGCCCUCAGAAAGCGAAGCGUGUCCACUUCCAGGAGCACCUGGACAUCAUCGAGGUGGUUAGCUGGAAGGAUGAGACCCGCCAGAUGCACUACAAUGCCUACGGUCACUACGGUGAGGACAUCCUUGUUGAGUCUGCGAAGCUUCUGCUGCAGACCGCUAAGCGUCUCCUAUCUUCACGUGUCGCAUUGGCAUCUGCUUCCGCAGCUGCGAUGACCGGCAUGGCACCUCGGCUGCUGGAGUCGACUCGAGACCAGGAGUGGUGGCAGCUUGCCAAGGAGCUGAGUUGCAUCAAAUUCUGUGACGUGGCCAUCGUGGGCGGCGGUGUCAUUGGCACCUCCGCGGCGCUGCAUCUGGCAGCACUCGGCGGCAACAGAGAGAUUGUGGUCUUUGAGCCAGACGCGAAGUACACCUUUGCAUCUGCUCCUCGCUCUGCUGGCGGACUGAGGCAGCAGUUUUCGCUGCCUGUCAACGUGGAAUUGUCCCUCUAUGGCGUGGAUUUCCUCAAGCAGGGUCUUCAAAGAAUGUGCGAAGGUGUUGAUGUGGAGACUGAUGUGCAGUUCAAGGAGAAUGGCUAUCUCCUUCUUGCCACUCCAGAUGGCGAAGCCGCUCUUCGCGAGAACAAUGCUGUUCAACAUUCAGCUGGUGCUAGCUGGAUCACUCUGCUCGACCCAUCCGAGCUGAAAGCCAGAUUCCCGUGGUUGUCGACGGACGGGGUCGCCAUCGGGUCCUUCGGUGAACGAAAUGAAGGGUACUUUGAUCCGUGGGCACUUCUUCAGGCCAUGCGCAAAGGAGCAAUGGGCAAGGGAGUGCGAUUUGUGGAAACAGGGGUGACAGCCAUGCGAAUGGCGCCCGACAAGCGCAUCACAGCUGUCCAGUUGGCGGAUGGCACAGAUGUCAGCACCAAAACGGUGGUGAACGCAGCAGGUGCCUGGGGCGGCAAAGUGGUGGACAUGUGCGGUGAAGUUACGCCGCUCCCGGUGGUCCCCCGAAAGCGAUGCAUCUUCCAGUUUCAUGCUGGCAUUGAGGUGGCAAGCGAUGGAAUGCAUCCUCGCCCCCCGGAGAACACGCCGUUGACAAUUGAUGCCAGUGGCGUGUACUUUCGUUCAGAAGGUUCGCGACACCGGUUCCUGUGCGGCGUCAGCCCAAAGCCAGAGGCGGAUAUUGACUGUGAUGCAGACUCUCUGGUGGAUGUGGACCAUGACCUUUUCGAGGACGUGAUCUGGCCUGCCUUGGCAGAGAGGGCUCCCGCCUUUGAGGCAAUAAAGGUAGAAUCUUCCUGGGCUGGCCUCUACGAGUACAACACCUUAGACCAGAAUGGCGUGGUGGGGUGGCAUCCGGAUGUGCCCAACUUGCUGGUUGCAUGUGGCUUCAGCGGUCAUGGACUGCAACAGGCCCCAGGAGUUGGCCGGGCAGUUGCUGAGCUUCUGUCCCUGGGCGGGUAUCAGAGCAUUGACCUGUCGGUGCUGGGCUACGACCGCAUCGUGCGCAACGAGCCGGUUUUCGAGCGUGGCAUCUACUGA